GGGAAUUUACCUCUUAAGUGUUGAUUUGCAACGGUGUAUAAUUUGUGAGCUGAAUAUUUUCAUUAAGACGUGAAAUUCAAUUUUGAAUGUUUACGUGGACGCAGAUUUCUACAAAAUAAUACGUACGAAUAAUUCUAAUAAGAAUUUUCUCUUUGUUCCAUGAAAAAGAUGUGGAAAUAGGGAAGAAAAUUGCAGAAAUAAUCGAGUGGGCAUGCGCAGGAUGCCAAAUGUCCGCCAUUUUAUUUAUUCUUGUCUUUAUCUACGCGGUUGUGGAUUCGUUUCGGGUUGAAAAUCGAUUCAUUUCCGCUGAAAUCAUGGUAGAAAACGUUUAGCUUGCAUUUCUUUAGUGAAAAAAUUACAUUUAUUUAAGAAUUUGACGUAAUUUACUUAAAAUUCAAUUGAACUAUUUGCGUAAAUCGCAUUGAAUAAUCAGAUAAGUUGUUUUAAACGAAUUCAUAUUUAUAAGAACGGUUUUGUUACAUCGUAUGGUACACGUACACGUAAUGGAGGACAGGGCGUUGUCUCGGCCAGGAUAGCUUGCUAGUUUUUCUGGUUAAUUUACCGAACACUAGUGACAUGCUGCAAUUAUUUGAGAAGAAUUUGUUUGAUUUUGGACGAUUUUAGUGUUUUUGUACUAGUGCCACACUGGGAGAUGUGAAAAUGCCGCGUAUUGAUCCACUGCAGCUGCUGAAGUGUUUGUCAGUUCUCUUAAGCCCAGAGGGAGGCAUUCUUUCACGAGAUGAAGUCCCACGUCUGGUCAACCUAAUGACUAAAUUUUCAAAAAAAUUAGUCAGUAAAUGUGUAUACAUCUUGAUACUAAAGAAUACGGAACAGUCUUUAGUCAAUUUAUUUAUGGCCGAAGGUGGGUGGAAUUUAAUCCAUACUUGGUUGCAAGAUGCAAUACAUAUUUCAAAUUGGGAUCUUGUAAAAGAAAUUUUAAGCCUACUAUUAAUUACUCCUGUUGAUGUCGAAAGGUUGAAAUCAAAUAACAUUCCUAAAUUGGUAAAAAGUUUAUCGAGACUUGAUGAAGUUAAAGGAGUUCAAGAUUUGUCGACACAGCUUGUUCACGAUUGGUUGGUAAUAGUCAAAGGUAAUACUAAGGUUGAAGAGGUCCCAAAAACCCAAAUUAUCGAACCAGAAAAGACUGAACAUGUAGAGGUGGCUGAAACAGUGGCAGUUAGUGAAAUAAAUAAUGAUACUGUAGACAGCUCUCAAAUUAAUACUUCAGAUGAUUCAGAGAAUCAAGCAAUUCCUGCAAAUACUUUUUAUAAGGUUACAGUACGAGAUGGUAAACAGGUGAUCAGUAGAACUGCCUCGGUUGAAAGUUCUACUGAAGAAUCUACAACUGCAGAGGUGGCUGCAGAAUUGAUUGAGUCUGUAGAUAUUAAAAAAGAAACAAAAGAAAAGAAAUUUGAUGACAAAAACAAAACUAAUGAUAAAAAUAAAUCUAAGAGUCGUUCUAGUUCUUCAAAACAUAGUAGUAAUAGUAGUUCGUCAAGUCGUUCAAAGAGCGGCAGCAGUAGUAGUAGUAGUAGCAGCAAUAAAGAUCGGCAUAAAUCGAGUAGUUCUAGUAGUUCAAAGAGUAGUAGUAGGGAUAAAGAAAAAGAUAGAGAACGAGAAAAAGAGAAAAAAGAUCGGCACAAAGCAAAUGGGGUAAAAACUAGCACUGGUAGUAAUCAUAAAGAUAAAACUGAACAAAAAGAAAAACAAGCGGAGAAAGAUAAAGAUACUCUCGCCAAAUUAAAACCACAAAGUAUUGAUAAAUUAGGUAGAAUUCCGAAAAAGACUGAUGAUAAAACGAAAGAAAAAGAAGUAAAAAAACCAACAAUGUCUAUUGAAGUACGGAAAAGUCCAGAAGAUAGACCCAAAACAGUGAAAGUAUUUCAUUCGAAACGUCGAUCAACUGGUUUAGAAGAAGAAGCAAAGCCCCCACCUCCAAGACCUACAAAGAAGCCUACUGUUACGCUGCCAACGAUCCCACAAAAGAGACCUUCCCCAGUUAAAGAUUUGCCAGUACCGCCAGAAAAGAAAUUCAAAAUUGAAAUACCAGAAAGGCCAGGAGCUAUCAAGUUGAUACCUCCAAAACCAAAACCACCCGUAUUGCAAGAGAGUGACAUUUUUAUGGAUGCGUUAGCCGCAUCAGCAACUUCGAAAAAGGAACCGAAAAAGCGUAAACGGCGUCCAAGCGUUUCAAAAGAGACGCCAGGAUCACCAACAAUAUCACAAGAACCUCAAACACCAACAUCUCCUGUUACCUCGCCGAUUGGUUUAAAGAACAUUGCUGCUCCUAAUUUUUAUCAAGAUACUUUACAGACAGAACAAACUUCAGCCGACGUAAAAGAAGAAAACCAAGAAGAGAAUGUUGAACGAUCAGGAACACCAAUUGAAAGUGAAGUAGAGAAACCUAAAACAGAUGGCACUCUUAAAGGUGCUUUAGUGUACACGAAAAAGAAGGGUCCGAAGAAAUCCGUUAAAUUUAAUGAUAAUAAUUUGACCCAAAUUCGAUAUUUCGAACUAGAUGAAACAGAAAGAGUAAAUGUAACCAGAAAUUUCAUGGACAUGGCAAAAAUGGAAAUGACUAGUGAAAGAGAAGCUUUACAGAUGUCUCGAAAAUUGCCAAACGAAGAUGUAAUGGAACCCCAAACCAUGUGGAGGUUACCAUUUAUUAUCGAUCAAACCGACCCACUCGCGGUUCCUGGUUGUAAGAGUUUAGAAAAAGACAUUCAGUUUGCUCGUGAGAAAAGUGUUUUACAAGCUUUAUACUUCGACAAAAGGAAAAUUCCCGACAGCCCAGAGGAACCCGUCCCGGAAAAUCACCAGAUCAGCGAUCCUAUCAUCAUUCCGUUAGAAGAUGCCGAAAGUCAAGAAAUGGACUUAAGAAAUACACCUUGGCCCGAACCAAAAGGUUCUCCACCCCCAAUGCAAGAAAACUUGCCACCACAAAUCUUCACAAAUAUGCCGAUGCCAUUUCAGAACUUUCCUCAUGGCGCUCCGUCCGCUUUUCAAGGAAUGCCUCCUAGAUUUGGCCCUCAAACCGGACCGGGUGUAUUUGGCGGUCCUCCUAAUAUGAUGCCGAACGGAAACAUGAUGGGUCCACCUAAUAUGGGACCACCGCCUGAUAUGAUGCAUCAAGGUCCUCUGAAUCCCGCUGCUUUUGGUCCUGGUCCAGAUAAUUUUAAUAACCCUAUGAUGAAUGAUAACAACUUUCAAAUGCCUUUUAAUCCGCCUAAUAUGGGGAUGUUCCCGCCUAAUAAUUUCAAUAUGAAUCGCGGUGGCGGCAGGGGUGGGUUUAGGAGGGGUGGUAACAACAACGGACCAUGGAUUAGAAUGAAUGGGCCGGGUCCCGGUAACUGGAGCAACAGGGGAGGUGGUGGGGGGAGAGGACGAUUAUGUAAAAAUGUCAAAAUUCACGGAUUCUGUAGAAACAGGGACAACUGUCCAUUUAUACAUCCGAAGUAAAUGCCAGUUUUGUGAGUUUUAAUGCUAAAUAUUUAUGUGAUAUCUAAAUAUAAGAGUGUAAGUAUGUACAGUGUAUGCACUUUUAAAGUGUGAAGUGACAUUUUAUAGUACAAAUUACUUAAACAUAGUUGCGAACAUUUUUGAUGAGGAUGUUGUCAUCCGUUUUAAUUUAUUCAAUUGUGAUUUAGCACGACUAGAGUGAAUGAAAUAACGUGUACAGUUUACAUACCUAUUUAUCACACUCAUGUAAAUACUAAUUGCUAGGUAUGUUAAUAACGGUGUAUAUUGUAAGUUUUUGUAAAAUACAUUAUACUGUUAUUUUUUUUUCAAGCGAAUUUAAUAUGACGUUAAAUAAUAAUUAAAAUGACUAUUUAUUAGUGAUAUUUCGUUUUAUACGUUAUUUUUUAAGAGCAUUAUUUUCAUUUUUCAGAAUAAAAAUUUAUAUACAUAA